AUGGAUGCAGUGGAAUUUCCCAGUCACCGACACCCUUUAAACCGUAAAGAGUUAUUGUCCGGAGAAGAAACUCAACUAUGUGGUUUAUGUGGAAAAGAGGUGAUUAACGGGCCUGCUUAUGAAUGUUCAAAAUGUAAUUUCACUGCGCAUCUUGAUUGUGUCAAGAAUCCACCAUCGCUUGUGAUCGAGAAGAGCAAGAUCCACGAGCAUACACUCACCCUCUUACCGAGACAUGUCUCUUUCACUUGUAAUGCUUGUGGACGCUCUGGCAACAAGUCUCCGUAUGUAUGUCUCAAAUGUUCUUUCAUGGUACACGGAGACUGCAUAAACAUUCCACUCGUUAUAAAAAUUAUUAGCCGUCAUCCGCACCGCCUUUCUCAUACUUGCUUUCUUGGCCCCGGGGAAUGGAGUUGCGAAGUUUGUCAUCUGAGGAUUGAUGGGAAAUACGGUGCUUAUAAUUGUCAACGUUGUUUGUACACUGUCCAUUUGAGAUGUGUAUUGAGGGCAGACGUGUGGGACGGGAAAGAGCUCGAGGGGGAGCCUGAAGAAUACAAAGAGAUUGAGAGUAGUAAGCUUGUUGGUGAAAAGUUCGUUCAUCAACAUGAUCUAAGGCUCGUAAACGAAGAUAUUAGAGAUCAUAUUGUGUGCUCAGGAUGUUCUCUUCCCGUUGCUUCUAACCCCUUUUACAGGUGUCUGCAAUGCCAUUCCUUUUUCCACGAACGAUGUGCUAAUCAUCCUCAGAAUAAAAUUACGAUUCUACAUGUACACCCACUUACUCUUUACGCGGACGAUGAAAGGUCAGGUCCUAAUACUCUUUCUCGCUGUGAUGCUUGUGACUUACAUUUCAGUGGGUUUGGAUACCGUUGUUUGGAGUGCAAAGACGGCCAUAUCGAGUUCGAUGUUAGAUGUUCUUCAGUCGCCGAACCAUUUGACUACCGUCUUCAUCCCGGACAUCCUUUAUUCUUCAUUCUUCCAGCCAAUGAGGCCGAGAUCUGCAAUGUCUGCAAUCAUCGUAGGCCAAAAUAUGUGCUAAGUUGUCUUCAAUGCGAUUUCAAGCUGUGUUUCGCGUGUGCAACCUUACCCGAUAAAGUGAUCUGCAAGUACGAUGAGCAUCUGCUCUCCGACACCAUUGGUGAAGAUGAUACCACAAUCCAUAUUGGUAUGACAUAUGCGAAAACAAAAUCGAAGUAA